AUGUCUCAGCAGCCGAGUUAUAUAACCGACGACUGUAUCAAAGAAUGGAAGAAUGGAAACUAUAGCUUCAAACUUCCAAACCAAGUCCCAAUGCUCCGUUUUCUCUAUGAACUUUGUUGGACUAUGGUCCGUGGAGAAUUACCGUUUCAGAAGUGUAAAACGGUUUUGGAGUCAGUGGAGUUUUUGGAUGGAGGUUCAGAGGAAGAAAUGGGUUCAACUUUCGCGGAUAUUAUUACCCAAAUGGCACUAGAUCAUACGAUUGUCGGAGAUUAUCGCACUCGUCUCAUUAAAUUGGCAAAAUGGCUGGUGGAAUCUACCUUGGUUCCACUCAGGCUUUUUCAAGAGCGCUGUGAGGAAGAAUUCUUGUGGGAGUCAGAGAUGAUCAAGAUAAAGGCCGCAGAUUUGAAGUCAAAAGAGGUCAGAGUAAACACUCGCCUUCUUUAUCAACAAACCAAAUUUAAUCUUCUUCGGGAAGAGAGUGAGGGCUAUGCCAAGCUGGUUACCGUCCUCUGUCGGGUUCCGAAGCUUCUGCCAAGAAUGCAUCGGCAGCUACAGUCGGCAUAA